AUGCUCGAGCUCAAGAGACUAGAGGAAGAGCCGAUUUGCCACCGAGUGGCUGCACAGCUACUCAUGAGUAAUUGUGAAGGUUUGGAGGACAUCAAUCAAAAAGAGUAUGACCUCUACAGUGGACGUAUUCAAAGACAUUAUGUGGAGAGCUUGGCUGCAAGUCUGGCAAUUUGUGAUAUGGAACGGAGUAGUAUGGUCGUCCCUGAUUCUUGCGAGCCUUUCAGGCUACCGUCUUUACUCCGUGCUUCUCAGGAAGCAGAUGGAAAAUUACAGGUAUCACAAAAUGAGGUUGGUGCCUGCUUGAAGGGAUUGGGCAAAGAUCCCUCCCAUUGGUUGAGUUGGACCAGUUAUAGGGACAAUUGUCUUUUGAUUUGUCAAGCUGCUCGAUCCGACAUUGACAAAGAUCAAUCUAUUCUUCUACAGAAAAAACUUGUGGAAAUCAUGAGACAAUUCGCAGAGGACCUCGAGUAUGACCUUCAAGAUCUCAAGCGAAACGUGGCGGAUCAUGCAAGAGCAGCAGGUUCCUACUUUGAAGAAGUCAUGAUGCGGACCGAGGUACUAAAGACCAAGGUUGAAGGUGCGUUCGAGGUCAUUUCAUCCGAGGCAUUGGAUCUUUUGAUUCCCGUGAUCACUUCUAUGAGUGAUCGACAGGAUACUUUGGAUCAGAGGUUUGAAGCACUUAGCAAUGUUGUCAUCAAUAUGACCACCUUGAUUCAGGAUCAUUCAGAGAGUCUUGGACAAGCCAGUUUUACCGUAACAGGUAUUCGAGAGAGUCUUGGGAAAGCAGCCGAGGCCGCAAAUUCAUGGAAUGGAAUCAUGGGUAUGGGUGAACCAUUUGUUAACAAUGCUCUUCGAAUAUUGUCUCCCCCAGUUACCCUCUUCUUUGGAAGUCAUGGUCUUCCGCCAUCCUUGUUUCGCAAUUUUGGUCUCUUGGUUGGGGGUUGGGCAGUGGCAGAGACCACGAUACAAUUACGCCAAACCGAGCACUGGAUUCCACGAAUUCAAAGACCUAGGGCAUCAACACAACUGGCAAGAGACAGAGUACUACAGGAGGAAGCACAAAUAACUUUUGGCACUUCCUCAUCACACAAUGGCAUCGGUUCAAUCAAAAAAGCACACACGGGCGGGAUGAAGUAG